UUUGUGUGGUUGUCGAAGUGCUGGAAAAUUUGGCUUACUUAGCAAAUGCCAGCAACCGGUGUUGUAUCUGUCGAAGUACAUGCACUUUUCACCGUCCAAAGCGGCAAACAAUGUCACCAAUUUCAUGGGAACUGCCUUCCUUUUGGCCCUCCUUGGAGGCUUCUUAUCUGACGCUUUCUUCACCACUUCACAUCUACCUCAUAAGCGCGCUCAUCGAAAUUCUGGGCUUGAUAAUUCUUACCAUCCAAGCUCGGACGCCUUCACUAAAGCCCCCACAAUGCAAUCCAUCUAUUCCAUGCGAGGAAGUUGGUGACGGGAAAGCAGCUAUGCUGUUCGUAGGCCUGUAUCUGGUGGCACUUGGUGUUGGAGGUAUAAAGGGGUCCUUACCAACUCACGGCGCUGAGCAGUUGGAUGAGACACCCCAGAAGGAAGGAAGCAAAGAUCCACCUUCUUCAACUACUUUGUCUUUUGUCUCUCAUGUGGUGCGCUUAUUGCCGUCACAUUUGUUGUGUGGGUUGAGGAUAAUAAAGGAUGGGAGUGGGGUUUUGCCAUCUCCACAAUCGCAAUAUUGUUGUCAAUCCUAAUCUAUCCUCUUUG